UUUUUUUGUAAAAGAUGAAGUCAUCACAACAAAAAACAAAUAAUGAGGAAAAACCAUUGAAAGAUAAAGAUAAUGACGUACCUUCUAUUCAUGACUUUUUAUCUCGACAUAUACCACCUCAAGUUUCCAACAACAGAAAACUAUGUUAUCGUCAUAGACCAGAUUUGAUCAAGAAACGUAUGCCUGAUGCAUUUGACUUUAAUCAAGUUCAAAAGCAAAUGGAACAAUUUGGUACUAACGAUCGAGCAGCUAUCACUCAUAUUUGGUCAUUAUUCUCUGCUGCACCUUCUGAUCAAAGAAUGCUUAUUUUGAAAGGUUUACUCUCGACUUGUUGCAUGCCUCAACUUUCCUUUUUACAUGAUGAAAUCAAACCUCUACUACGUAUCGAUUUUGUCUCCAUUUUACCUCAUGAAGUUUCCUUACAAAUCUUCUCUUAUAUGGAUGCAAAAUCUCUUUGUCAUGCUGCUCAAGUCUCACAAUCAUGGCGUUCCUUGGCUGACGAUGAUGCUUUAUGGCACCGUAUGUGUGAACAACAUAUUGAUAAGAAAUGUACAAAGUGUGGUUGGGGUUUACCUUUACUAGACAAAAAACGACAAAUUGUACGAAAACGAUCUCUCGCUACUGCCUUUCAACAACAACAACAACAACAAUCAAUGGACUCCCCUCUUCGUACAGCUUGUGGGCCUUCGACUAGUCAAGAAGAUGAAAUACAAGCAACAAAUAACAAUAAUAACAACAACAAUAAACGACCGAAAGUGAAUAGCACAUCAUCAUUUGAUUCCUUUACUAAUGAUAACUCUUUGAAACCACCAUCAUCAUCUACACAACCAGGAGUUAUUAUUAGACGACGACCUUGGAAGGAAGUUUACAGUGAAAGACUCAUGGUGGAACGUAAUUGGCGUAACAACAAGUAUAGUGUACGGCGUCUUACUGGUCACACCGAUGGCGUGAUGUGUGUCCAAUUUUGCGAUUCAAGUAAUAUUGUGAUGACAGGCUCUUAUGACAAGACAAUUCGAAUUUGGAAUUUGGAAACUGGGGAUUUGAUACGGGUACUCAAAGGUCAUACUCGCUGUGUCCGUGCUUUACAAUUCGAUGAAGCCAAAUUGGUUACAGGUGCUAUGGAUAAUACUCUCAAAAUCUGGAAUUGGCAUUCUGGUGAGUGUAUUCGAACAUUGGAAGGUCAUACUGGUGGUGUCCUUAGUUUACACUUUGAUUGUCGUUUAAUGGCCAGUGGAUCAACAGAUUAUACUAUUCGGGUGUGGAAUUUUCAAGCCGGUGAAUGCUGCACUUUAACAGGUCAUACUGAAUGGGUCAACUCUGUACGAUUAUGUCAACAAGAUAUGUUGGUGUCUGGUAGUGAUGAUUCAACUGUGCGUCUUUGGGAUCUUACCAGUCGUACGUGUAUUCGUGAAUUCAGAGGUCAUGUGGGUCAAGUACAAAUCGCUCUACCAAGUCCUAAAGGAUUUACUCACCGAUUAUUGGAAGAAGAAGUGGCUAUCGAUACUAAUGAACGUAGAACAACAAAUGGAUUUCGACCUGGGUGUGAAACAUCAUCUUCGACAACAACAACAAAUACUUAUAUACCAUCAUCAACAACCAUAAAUAGACAAUCCCGAAGAAAUGAUAACGAAAAAUCAGGAACAGUACCACCUGCUGAAUUAUCAGAUACACCAAUCAUUAUGACAGGAUCUUUGGAUAAUACAGUCAAACAAUGGAAUUUGAAAACUGGUGCUUGCGUACGAACUCUCUUUGGUCAUGUCGAAGGUGUGUGGGGAUUAGCUUAUGAUACUUUACGUGUCGUUUCUGGUUCUCAUGAUAAAACCAUCCGCGUUUGGGAUAUGGAUAGUGGACGAUGUAUGCAUGCUUUAGAAGGCCAUAAUGGACCCGUGACAGCUAUUGCUCUUAGUGAUACCAAGAUUGUUUCUACUUCUGAUGAUGGUGAUGUUCGUAUUUGGGAUUAUGGUGUACAUUGAUGAUUGGAUUCUCUAUCUGUC